AUGGCGAAAAAAGAAAAGGUUCAUGGAUUAUUUGCGCUUAACAAACCAAAAGGCUUAACCAUUCGUCAAGUAUUAGAGUUCAUAAAUCAAACGUUUCGUAGACAUGCCGAAGCGACGAGACCUGAAAUGACAAGAAGGCAAGUAGUAGAAUUGGGUAGUUGCAUCACGAGCACGACGAAAAGUUGGUGCACCGGAGUGUUCGUUGUUGGAGUCAAUCAAGGUAAUCGAUUAUUAAAAGAACAGGAAAAGAUGAAUGAGAUCAUUCAUGCAACGGCAAUGCUAGGUUUUUCCACAACCACCAACGAUUUUAGAGGCACCUUAGUAGAUACAGUAUCCGCAUCACACAUUUCGAGAGAAACGGUGGCAGACUUUCUGCCAAAUUUGAUUGGGAAAGUGUACAACCGCGAAAUUUCGAAAUCAGCAACAGCACCACAACCCGCCGAAAGACCUCCAUGGAUAUCGAAUUUAAAUUCCAUUGGCAAGAAAAGAAAAAAGAAAUUAUUGAAAGAAUACAGUAGACCGAUGCCAUCGUCACAAAUCAUUGAAUAUACUGCACCAACAAAAAUAUAUCGAUUGGAGUUGAAGGAUUUCUCAAAACUACAUA